AUAUGGUUUAAAAUCUUUCAGGGAAAAUGGCACAAUCAAGGUUGGAAAAAAUUGGAACGAUUUUUUCCAAGAUUCGAGGAUUUCAAGCGAGUGGAGCUAUUCAGCCUGAACAGGUUCCACUUUGGUAUAAUAUAUACGAAGCUUUCCCUCCCAAAUACGAACCAAGAUGGGAUCGGAAACCAACCAAUAAUCCAAUCAAAAAAAUUCUUUAUAAAGAGGAUGUUAUAAGAGCCAAAUAUUAUCAAACCUUCGGGAAUAAAGAGGUUGUGAACCUCCAAGUGGACGGAAAUCUAGCUUCACAAACCUUUAUCAAUAAAUAUCUAAGCUUGGAGCAGGAGGGUCAUCCUGCUGACUCACUUUGGGAGAGAACAGUCCAGGCGCUAGAACUAGAUAAAGAAGCUACGAUAGAAAACGACGAAUUAACCACACCCAAGAGACCGGAGAAAAUAUCAUUUAAAGAUUUAUUUAACGAGAAGGAUAAUAAAAUAUAGUUUCAGAA